GGUUCAAGGGUUGUUUACUUUCAGAUUGACACCGAUGGAGAAACGACUUGUCACUGUAGAUUUUACCGAGGAUGGAUUCGCCAUAGUGCGAAUGAAAAAUGGUCAAAACCGUUUUAAUCUCGUCUUUCUCGACAGCCUCAAUCAGGCACUAAAUGAGGUAGAGAGAAAUACAAAAUGCAGGGCGAUGAUAACAACGGGCGAGGGCAAGUUCUACAGUAAUGGGAUCGAUUUGGAAUGGAUGAUGACUGUGGACAGUGAAGCCAUCGUCAAAUUCCAGAAGGCACUCGAAAAUAUCAUGUGGAGGGUCAUGCAUUUUCCCCUACCCACGGUCGCGGCGAUCAACGGUCAUGCCUUUGCCGGUGGUGCUUUCCUGGCCAUGUCACAUGAUUACAGAGUGAUGCGGUCGGAUAGGGGCUGGAUUACAUGGAACGAGACUCAUCUCAAGUUACGCCUUGGAGAUAUGCUUCUAAACCUUCUCAGUAAAAAGGUUCUGGCCAUGAAGUCUAUAAGGGAAGCGGUGCUAUUCGGCAAACGUGUAACCGCUGAUCAGGCCAAAGAACUUUUUCUGGUUGAUAGUAUGACGGAGUUAUCGGACUUAAUACCGACGGCUAAACAGGUGGCACAAGAGGCACUGGGACCUAACGGCAUCGACAGGGACAUGUUACAAAAGAUGAAGCAGGAUUUAUAUGUCAGACCCUCGGGGGAUAAGCCUUUUCUACCGGAAACAAAUCUAAAGGGAUCGAAAUUGUGAAUGUAUUAAUGUAUGUAAUCACUGUGAUUUGUUCCCUGAACCACGCUCAUUUUGUGCUGGUUUAAGGUGUAUAGGGAAAAAAGAAUCAAAAUUGUUAAACAAUACAUACGGUAUUAGCCUCAGGACGGAAACGGAAAAAAAGGGAGUAGAAAAAACCCUGCCAACAGUCAGUUAUUCGAAACGUAAAGGGAUUAGACUAUCAUCUCCAGAGUUCACACUGUGAUAUUUUACUUAUUUACUUUACUGGAGCAAACUAUUUAUACUACUGAUGACAUAAUGUACGGAACAUUUCUGGCAACUGUUGUGUUGCGUGGAUAGGACAGUGGACUGGAUUCCGGAUGUUUGUUCCAGUGUUUUACCACGUGGAUUGAACUAGGGACUAAAUACCGGAUUUCUGUUCCAGUGUUUUGCCAAGUGGAUCGGACAGUGCACUGGAGUUCGGAUGUUUUGUUCCAUUAUUUUGCCACAUUGUUCGAACAGUGGACUAGGUUCCGGAUGUUUUGUUCCAUUAUUUUGCCAUAUUGUUCGAACAGUGGACUAGGUUCCGGAUGUUUUGUUCCAUCUUGCCACGAUAGUUUGACCAACGUUGUAUUAACAUGUUUAUGUCUUACGUUAUUGCGGACAUAAUACAUUAAUGUAUAGCAGUUGUCUAUUUCUAAAACGGGUAGUAUGUAACAGUGUAAAUGAGAUGAAAAGUGUUUGAUAACUUCAGCUGUCAAGUAUAGUAAACUUGUAAACAUCAGAGAUCAAUAUAUUCUAGUUACAAUAUUAUGUAUGAUCAAAUCCAUUCGUAAAAUAGUUAAUAAAUUGAUUUUAAUGUGUUAUAUUGAUA